AUGAAACCGGAACCGGAGGAAGAGUCGUUUAAUUCUCACGGGAUAUUGCCCGCUUCAAGCCCGGGGCGAACUCGGUUUUACAAAUGCGAUGCGCUGAGCGACCAGACCGAUAUUCUCGACUAUGAGUGUACCGCCACCGAUGUUGCCAGUGUCUGGAAUAGCAUCCUCGCGUACUGGUUCCCACCUGAUGAAGGGUACCAGCUUCGCUUGGAACAUCGACUGGAGUGGGUGGAGGUAUAUGUCAUCCGCGUCGCAGUGCGUCCUCACGAGCAGGACAUCACCUUCAAUCCUGUGUUCCUUGUCCGAUGCUAUGGCGCCCGCGCUGAUGUGCCCCACAUGGGAACCUGGGAGCAGACGAUGGUGCAAGUCCCCAUCAGUGUCACCGAAGUCUGUCGCAGCAUCAGUGCAAAUGGCCGUCCUGCGUUUGGAGCGAUCGCAUGUGCAGAUAUCGUGCGUCUAUGCGAGUUUCACCUCCUUGAUGGAACCAUGAGAGCUUGUGAUACAUGGCCGGGGGUGUAUUUCCUCAGUCUAUUCAAGGAGGACAUCCAGGAGUAUCUUGACUAUGUGAAGGCGGAAUUUGCGAAGGAAUGGGGCCAUCCUUAUUCUAGUUACUGGGAUAGUGACGAAGGACCGAAGAGACCAGCAGGGGCCUGGGACCGAGACAAUAAGCCCACACGAACUCUGAAUACCUCGGUUGCAACCGACGAUGGGAAUGCUUCCAUGGUGACUUCAAGUGCCGGAAGCAGUGACCUGGACACCGAUAGCGAUUGUGAUAUCAAAAUGGAGAAUGAUGCUGACAGUCACCUAAAAUACACAAGUGUCAGCACUGAUGGAACGAUCAGAAUGGAAGAUGAGGAGGAGGAUGUCAAGCUCAGAACUGAGAGUGAAGACGGAAAGGAUGAGGAUCAACGGGAGAGUGGAGACGACGGAGAGGAGGAUCUUCGGAAUUCAAGCCGGGGUAGCAGCAAUUUCCGAAUGGAUAGCUCUGACAACGGUGGCGCGACUAUCAUCUUGACUGAUGUCCAAGUGGAGAUUGUUGUCAGGACUGGAUCAACUCGCUUCGAUUGA